UCCCCGCCCCCGUCAACGUCUGGGCGCGUGCCUCUCGCGGCGCUGGCCACGCAGGGCCCUGCACUUAACCUCUGGGCGCCCGGCGCGAAGUUAGAGGCUGGGUUGGCGCGAGAGGCGCGCACACCUGGGGCGGGAGCCCGGGCCUGUAACCUCCGCCGGGCCCACGAUGACUUGCUACCGAGGCUUCCUUCUAGGGAGUUGUCGUCGCGUAGCGGGCGGCCGGGCGGCGGCGCUGAGGGGCCCGGGCGCGGGAGUCCCCGCUGCGCGACCGCGGUUCGGCGGUGACGGGGACGGCCGGCGGCACCUGGGGCAGGGGCAGCCACGCGAGCUGGCGGGCUGUGGCAGUCGCCCCGACGGCGGCUUCCGCCCGUCCCGGGUGGUGGUGGUGGCGAAAACCACCCGGUACGAGUUCGAGCAGCAGCGAUACCGUUACGCGGAGCUCUCGGAGGAGGACCUGAAGCAGCUGCUUGCAUUGAAAGGCUCUAGCUACAGUGGACUGCUCGAACGACAUCGUAUUCACACCAAAAAUGUAGAGCAUAUUCUAGAUAGUUUACGGAAUGAGGGAAUUGAGGUCCGCCUGGUGAAGAGGAGAGAAUACGACGAAGAGACUGUCCGAUGGGCGGAUGCUGUCAUAGCUGCGGGAGGUGAUGGCACAAUGCUUCUGGCAGCAAGUAAAGUGUUGGACAGACUUAAACCAGUUAUUGGAGUAAACACUGAUCCAGAACGGUCUGAGGGUCAUUUAUGUCUUCCUGUUCGAUAUACACAUUCCUUCCCAGAAGCCUUACAGAAGUUCUAUCGUGGUGAGUUCAGGUGGUUGUGGAGGCAGCGGAUCAGGUUAUACCUUGAAGGGACUGGCAUAAACCCUGUUCCUGUGGAUCUUCAUGAGCAGCAGCUAAGUUUGAAUCAACAUAGUAGAGCCUUCAAUAUUGAAAGAGUUCAUGAUGAAAGGCCUGAGGUUUCAGGACCCCAGCUUUUGCCAGUGAGAGCACUAAAUGAAGUCUUCAUUGGGGAGAGUCUGUCAUCCAGAAUGUCUUAUUCUUGGGCUGUGGCAGUGGACACUUUAAGAAGAACUAUACCCACUCUAAAGGGACUGGCUUCCUACUAUGAGAUUUCAGUUGAUGAUGGUCCAUGGGAAAAACAGAAGAGUUCAGGGCUCAAUUUGUGUACUGGAACAGGAUCAAAGGCCUGGUCAUUCAAUAUUAACAGGGUUGCAACUCAGGCUGUGGAAGAUGUUUUAAAUAUUGCAAAACGGCAAGGGAAUUUAAGUCUUCCGUUGAACAGAGAACUGGUAGAGAAAGUAACAAACGAAUAUAAUGAAUCACUGCUUUAUAGUCCAGAAGAACCAAAAAUACUUUUCAGUAUUCGAGAACCAAUAGCAAACAGAGUUUUCUCAAGCAGCCGCCAACGUUGUUUCACCUCAAAGGUUUGUGUCCGUUCUCGUUGUUGGGAUGCCUGUAUGGUUGUGGAUGGAGGAACUUCUUUUGAGUUUAAUGAUGGAGCGAUUGCUUCAAUGAUGAUCAAUAAAGAAGACGAGCUUCGAACUGUGCUUCUAGAACAGUGAAGGAUCCCUCCAGUGACAAAUUUGAUUACCAGAAAAUUACUUUAACUGCAGAAACAGACUACUGGUCAUAAAGCCACAUUUUUUGGUUGUUGUUGAGACUGGGUGGCCCUGGGCGCAAAGGUGACUAAGAAACUGAGAUUUGUAUUAUCCUUCUGUUGGAGUCUGACGGAGAAGGUGUUCACUGGGGAAGGAGAUGGGUGGACUGAACUGUUUAGAAUUGACACCAGUGAAAUUUCUAUAUUACUUAUGAUUGGUAUCCAAGAGUGCUGAUACCUUUCUAGAUUUAGAGAGAUAAGUUCAAAUAAAGGAUUAAAUGUCUAGGAUUUGUAAUUUAACUGUACAACUUUUAUUUCCUCCCCUUUUCUCCUAACUUUGUGAAAUUGGUCAGAACCAACACAAAUCAUUUGACUAGUGUAUAUUUUUUAUAGCACCUAAAAAUCAAGAUUUAAAAAAACUUUUGAUGAUGGAGAAUUUUGAUAAGUCCUGACAUUGACCUAAUUGAAAUAGGUACAUGUGUUUUAUAUGUGCUACAAAUUUUCUAAUUUCAGAACACACCGAGGCUAGUAUGACUACCGAUUUAAGAAGUUCAAACAAUCAUUUUUGAAAUUUAUAGUUUUAUUUGACUUGCAGGUUAAUUUUGACAAUGCCGGGUUAAUUGAAGUACAUAUAACUGGAUGAAAUCAGGAUGCUGUUACAAAUAUGUCAUUAUGCCAUAGCUAUUUUAGAUCAUAGACAAGUUUUAUUUAAAACUCUUAACAUGGAUUCAAAGACUAAAAGGAUGCACUGAUUAGACAUACUCCACUUGGAGUUUGGUCAAACUUUUAAAAAGUAUUAUCUAUUUUUAAUAUCAUGGUAGUUUUCAACUAGCUCAUAUUCCAAGUUUCACACAUUAGCUUUGGAGGAUAAAAUCUUACGGUUUUUCUCUGCCUGCUCCUCCAUGAGAGUUUCUUUGUUUUUGGAGGACAUUAUUUUUAUCUAAUUCUUGAUCUACUUAUAUGUAAUCCUAGAAUUUUCACAAAAGGCACCUGUUGCUGCAUCAUCAGACCAUUGGUAGUCAUGUGCCACUUAAAGUUAUAUUUUUUCACUUGCUAUUUAAGAACUUUUAUUCAGUCAUUGAAAUAUUAAUAUAUUGAAUAUCCAUUCUGUGCCAUGCACUGGAUCAAUUGCUGGAUGUACAUUGAUGAAUGAGACAGACACCAUCCUGCUAGAAUAUGAGUCAAGUGAGCUCAGAAGUAAAUUCUAUAAAAGCUAGGAUGUAUAAUCAAAUUGAGUGCUCUUAGUUUUGCUAGCAUUUAACAUGUUCCUCUCAAAUUUUCUAUAUAAAUGUUACUACACAAAAGUAAUCUAGUUUUUGAUGUAUAUCCAGAACAAGAAUCUGUUUUUCUUCAGUUAAAUGUAUCUGUAUAGACAUUCAUUAGCAAAGAGUUUACAUGAUGCAUACAGUAAAAAUUAGUGUUUUUCCCAGAACUAGUUCUAGUUUCUGGUUUGAUUUAAAAAUAAUAUACUUGAGACUUACUUUAUAAAGUGAAAUUGCGCACUACAGAAACUCCCCUACUAGGUUUAAAAUGCCUUCUUGACAAAAAUGCCAACUCCAUCUUCAAUAUCAAGGAAAUCUGAUUGUUCAUAUGGUAUUAUAGAUCUGUUAAUAUGUAACAUAUUAAUAGGUAACUUCUGUGUAAAAUUGUUCAUAAGCCAUAUUGUAAAGGUUUAAAAAAUGUUUAAUGUGCUCCAUUUGCAAUAUAACUACUAGUAUUUCUACUGUGUAGUGGGGAUUUAUUUGUAAGAGAUGCUGAGAGGCAAAGGAUGUUGGAAUAGCAAAAAUGUUUUUAUGAAUUAACUUCUAAUGGCAACAAAAUGUGAAUAAAAUUAAGCUGUUAU